AACUCGCCCAAUGGAGCUGCUCUGGAUCCCUACAAAGAUGACGCCGAGUUGGAUUCCCUCGUUGGGUGAUCUGCUGCUAUAAUUUGCUUUUUCGCAAUAUCCUGAUCUGAAGUCUAUUGUCUUUCCCUUUAUAUCGAAGAUCUUGCGUGUUUUGCCGCGGUGCCAUCCUUCGCACUCAUACACCUUCUAUAAUGGCCGAAGUUAAAAGUAUCAUCUCGAGCUUACGUGACAAAGUCUCGACCCAUAAGCAUGGCUUGAGCGAAACGAUACGACGCCGUGGCGAUAAGGAAUACCGAGGAGGUGCUGAGAAGGAUGUCGUGAGGAUCAUUCAGGAGAAAGAACACUGGUCCAGCAGCGAGGAGGACGACUCUGAUGUUUCUCAUCAUGGUCUGCGGGCAAAAGGCUUGGAUGAAUUUCUCGACAACAGUGACCCUCCUGAAAUCAAAGAGCGCUACGGAAAGUUGCCCUUGAUGCAAUCUCAAGACGAGGCCCCCGAAAACGACCUCUGGAAAAACCAGUGGACAUCUCUAAAGAAUGUGGGUAGUGACUACAUCGGGCAGGAGAUCACAUUUCGAGCCCGAGUGCAUGUGGUCCGACAUAUGAGUGCAAAACUUGCGUUUGUCAUUUUUCGCGAACAGACAACCACAAUACAAGGGGUUCUUCGCGCAGUGGAUGGUGGUGUCUCUGAGAAUAUGGUCCGAUGGGCUGAACACAUUCGGACUGGCACUAUUGUCAUAGCUAACGUAACGGUUAAGAGACCAGAACAGACCGUCAAAGGCACAAGCAUCCACGAGGCUGAACUCGAUAUCCAGAAAAUGCACGUGGUCUCGGCGAGAACAGUUCCUAUCCCGUUCAGUGUUUACGAGGUGGAUGCUGCGACGGAUGGUCAUUCAAUAACCGACCGAAUCAGAUUGUCAAACCGAGUGUUGGACCUGCGAACGCCCUCGGCCCAGGCAAUAUUUAGAAUACAGUCGAGUGUAUGCAGGACCUUCCGCACCUACCUUGAAGACCAUGGAUUCUUGGAGAUACACACUCCGAAAUUGCAAGGUGGCGCAACCGAAGGUGGUGCCGACGUAUUCAAGCUCAACUAUUUCGGCCGACCAGCCUUCCUCGCCCAGAGCCCACAGCUGGCCAAGCAGAUGUGUAUAUCAGCAGACUUUGCCAAGGUAUUCGAAAUCGGACCAGUCUUUCGCGCAGAGAAUUCCAACACGCCGCGGCAUAUGACCGAGUAUACCGGGUUGGACCUGGAAAUGGCAAUCGACCGGCAUUAUCAUGAGACGAUGUGGUUGAUUGACGCAACUUUGAAGGACAUCUUCAAAACGUUGUACGAGCGCAACCGAAACGAUAUCGAUACUCUGAAGCACCAUUUUCCACAUGAUGACUUGGUCUGGCUCGAAGAAACCCCGAGGAUCACUUUCGCAGAGGGCGCCAAACUGCUGAAUGAUUCAGGGUGGACCAAUGACGAUGGAUCCCGCCAAUCUGAACUUGAAGACCUGUCCACUCGGGCCGAACGACGACUAGGAGAAUUAGUGAAAGAAAAGUACCACACUGACUACUAUAUACUCGACAAGUUCCCUGCUUCUGCCCGGCCCUUUUACACCAUGCAUGACCCUAAAAACGAUCAAGUCACCAAUUCUUUCGACUUUAUGGUCCGUGGACAAGAGAUACUAUCGGGUGGGCAGCGAAUUCAUGACUAUGCACUCUUGAAGGAGCGCAUGGAAAGUCAGGGCAUGGAUGCGAAAGAUCUCCAGGAGUACCUCGAAGCCUUCGAAUGGGUGGCACCUCCUCAUGCAGGUGCUGGUAUUGGACUGGAACGCUUAGUGUCACUCAUUCUAGAUCUAGGGAAUUUGCGCUAUGCGUCAUUGUUCCCUCGCGAUCCAAAGAGUUUCCCAGCAAAACCGCAGUCUUCUUUGCGACAUCCCGAAGACACCACCUUACAUAGACCAAAAGGCCAUCUCCAACCUCUUGAGAAUCUGGUGGCAAACUACGGCGAUGCCACCAAUACAUCCUGGAUGGACGAGAGAUUUCAAAUCUGGCGAGACGACAAGACCGGGGCGGCGAUUGCUUAUGUUCCUGCACACGACCGAGCAAUUUGCCCCGGAAAUCCACUGUGCGAUCCGCGCCAGCUCGAAGAUGUCAUCAGUGCUUUUCUGACCUGGCUGCGCCGAGAGACUCAUCUUCGACCGUUGUUCAUCCUGGUCAACAAAGAAGUUGAAGAGGUACUUGGCAACAAGCUUGGAUGGAGGAGCUUCACAAAUGUAGCCGAACAACGUGUCAAUCUGGCCAAUAAUGAGCACUUGAACCUUGAUGGCGAUGUGGAACGAAAAAUUCGACACGCAGAAAAGGAGGGCGUAAAGGCCGCAGAUUAUGGGAGCGAGGUGCCGGGGGACCUACGAGAGAAGGUGGAAGAACGCAUCAAAGAGUGGCAAGACAAACGAGAAGGACCGCAAGUUCAUCUGAGCGAGAUCACUCCAUUCAAGGAUGCCUCACAUCGUCAAUAUUUCAUCGCACAAGACGAAAGUGGGAAGGUGCAUUCUUUGGUAGUGCUUGCACAGCUGGCACCCCGGUAUGGGGUACAGAUCAAGUGGGCCUUGGAUUUCCCAGGGGCAGAAAAUGGAAGCGUCGAAAUGACGGUGCAAACCGCUCUGAAAGCUGCAGCUGACUCCGGGUACAAGUCAUGUACCUUUGGCGCCGGUGCGACGACGACGUUGACCAGUGGUCACAAUAUCGGCGGGGCGAAAGGCGCAACCCUGAACUCACUGUAUCAGACAUUGGCUGCGAAAUUCAACUUGGACAGGAAGACGGGUUUUCGAGCCAAGUUCAAUACGUUGGAAGAUGCACUAUACCUUUGCUAUCCUCCCAGGGGUCUAGGGCCAAAGGGAGCACAAGCUAUUGUCGAGUUUUUCGAAGAGGGCGAAUAGGUGGCCAGCUAGGUAUCGCUUUGCAGGACAAAUCUUCAGGGAGCAUAUCGUAAUCGGUGUUUUACGGUUGACGUACAAGCGCGGUGUUGGGAUGGUUCUGCCAGGAGAGUGAUAGGGGUAAAGCGGUUAUCCAAAGACACCUUCUUCUUAUGAGAUCGAAGUCCUCGAACUUCGGGCUUCUCCUCGCUCGAGAAAACUGUACCUCUAGGCAAGGAGUGUCCCGGUUAACAAUAUACUCUGUAUCGAUCGCCUAAUUCACUUUUA